AUGCGUUACCCGCGCGAGCCCAUUUUUUUCUCUUACACUAGCGAAGAAGCAGCCUUGACCUUUGAUCGCCAACGGAGUGAGUGGCGGUCGUUGAAUGGGACCUGGAAAUUCCGGCACGAUGCGUCGCCUUUUGAGGCGCCCGAUUGGGAGGAUGAAGCUCCUCUCACCUACUGGGCCGAUAUCACAGUCCCAGGCAUGUGGCAACUCCAGGGAUAUGGCCGGCCGCUGUAUUCCAAUGUCAAUUACCCUUUCCCAGUGGACCCGCCGAACGUGCCACACCUCAACGGGACCGGGUCCUACUGGAGACAAUUCGAGAUCCCAAUGGAGUGGAUGAAGAUUGGUCUCCAGGUACGGCUGCGGUUUGAAGGCGUCGACAGUGCGUUUCACGUCUGGGUCAAUGAGCGGCCGGUUGGAUACAGCCAGGGAAGUCGCAACGCGACCGAGUUCGAUAUCACCCCCUAUUUGAAGACUUCACAGCACAAUAGUUUAGCAGUCCGAGUGUACGAGUUCUGCGAUGGAUCAUACCUUGAGCGCCAGGACCAAUGGCAUCUCUCAGGCAUCUUCCGCGACGUCUAUCUCCUCGCCUUGCCGUGGGACAGCAUUGUCGAUUUCCAGACAGUUGCCGAGCUGAACGACUCGUUUACGAAUGCUACCCUACGCACCAGCGUCAAGAUACAAGGCCAAGCGGCAGGGACUGUGGUCAUAAAACUCAGGAGCCCAGAUGGAUCCGUUAUCUCCGAAGAUACCAUCGAACCGUCCCAGAUGAGCAGAAUCCAGGUAUCGCAGCCAGCUCUCCGGCUCUGGUCAGCAGAGGAUCCAACACUGUACACGCUCAGUCUCUCGUACAACGGUCGCGUCAUCUCGCAGCGCAUGGGAUUCCGUCGUGUAGAACUGCGAGAUGGCAACAUACUGAUCAAUGGGAAACCAGUGAUCUUCUACGGGGUCAACCGGCACGAGCAUCACCCACAAUUGGGUCGGGCCGUUCCCUACGAAGCCAUGCGGGCGGAUCUCCUCCUGAUGAAAAAGAGCAACAUCAAUGCCGUGCGCUGCUCACAUCAGCCAAAUGAUGUGCGCUUCUACGAAGUCUGCGAUGAACUGGGCCUUUAUGUUAUGGCCGAGGCUGAUCUGGAGACGCACGGGUUCUUGUCGAUUGAGAAAAACAACAUUCCAGCAGCUGAGGCUUUCGCCAUGACCCGUACCCAGCUCAUGCUUCGGGCUUUCGAACUCUCCGCCAAAUGGGCGGCAGACAAUCCAGAAUGGCGCGAGGCGCACCUCGAUCGUGCGGUGCAUCUCGUUGAACGGCUUAAGAAUUUCCCAUCUAUUGUUAUAUGGUCGUUGGGAAAUGAAGCAUCAUACGGUUGCAAUCUUGCCGACAUGUCGAAAUGGGUCAAGCGCGCUGAUCCCACGCGGCCUGUGCAUUAUAAGGGCGACCGGCAAGCGGUGACUGCAGAUAUGUAUAGCGUCAUGUACAUGCCGGUGGAUGAUUUGAAGAACCUUGCAUCCGAGCGGACCGAUAAACCGUUGAUCCAGUGUGAGUUUGGCCAUGCCAUGGGUAAUGGCCCUGGUGGUCUCACCGAUUACAUUGAUGCAUAUCGGGCAGAGAAACAGCUGCAGGGGGGCUUCAUAUGGGAAUGGUGCAACCAAGGGCUCCUCAAGAAAGAAGACGAUAAAGAGUACUACGCAUAUGGGGGAGACUUUGGGGACUAUCCCAAUGAUGGGGCCUUUGUCCUGGAUGGCCUGACGUGGUCCGAUCAUACUGAGGCCCCCGGUCUGACAGAGUACAAGAAGGCCAUUGAACCAGUCUCUGUGACCUUCCGAGGCGAGCAGCAAAUACAAAUUACCAAUCACUAUGACUUUCGGGAUCUGAGCCAUCUCAUUGCGACAUACCGUCUCGUGCAGGACUCCGUAACCAAGGCGCCGACAGUUCUCCCGCUGCCAGUCAUCCGAGCCGGGCAAUCUGUGAUAAUUGAUGCUCCAGUGCAUCUCAGCCAGUACACAGAGCCAACCUGGUUGGAGAUCAGUUUCCGCCUUAAAGAGGACAUGCCAUGGGCACCCAAAAGCUUUGAAAUAGCCUGGAGUCAACUGCCGCUGCACGACAAUGAGCAGGUGCAGCCCCUCCAGACGGCCGUUGUGGCGCCAUGUGGCGAAGCCACCACCCGAGAGCACCUAGGGCGACUCCAUAUUGAUUUUCCAUCUACAAAAUGCUCUCUGCUUGUGGACUUGAUCCGCGGGGCUGUCCAAUGGUCCCGAGAAGAGAAAUUGGUAGUCAGCCAGGGACCGGUGCUUGGGCUCUAUCGCGCGCUGACCCAGAAUGACCUGGGGUCUCGUGGGAAUGGGACCGAGUGGAAAAAGCUUUUUGUUAAGGAUACCAAGAUGUAUGUCAAAAAGGCAUCAUGGAGAAACGAUCUCCAGGAAAAGGGAAUUGUCCACGUCAAUCUCUCCGUAAGGGUGGCCCCUCCGAUUCUCGAGUGGGCCUGCGAUGCCUCUCUGAGCUAUAAGAUAACCGCAAACUCCCUCGUAAUUCAUACGCGUGGGAGCUUUUCCGGCACACACCCCAAGUUUAUACCCCGAAUUGGCCUCACCAUGACGCUGCCCAAGGACUAUCGCCGAGCCAGCUGGUUUGGUCGUGGGCCAGGAGAGUCUUAUCGUGACAAAAAGGAGGCGGCAAGAUUCGGCACCUGGACGGCAGACCUCGAGCAGCUGCAGACGGCUUACGAAUGGCCUCAGGAGAAUGGCAACCGUACAGAUGUGAUCUGGGCCCGUUUCCAGUCCACAGAAACGACCUCGGGAACCUGCCUCGAAACGCGCAUGUCGAGCCCCUUCAACUUCUCCUUGCGGAACCAUACAACCGAAGAUCUUGACCACGCCGUACACCCCCACGAGCUGAUGGAAGCUACGGAAAAUAUUCUGAAUUUGGACUACGUGCAACAUGGCUUAGGCUCGGGCAGCUGUGGACCACCGCCCUUUGAGCCGUAUUGUUUGACAACAGAACCCUUCGAGUUCACCAUGUCGCUACAGAUGCUAUAG